AAAAAAUCUUUGUUGAGUUGUGUUUUUCAUGUCAUAUGUUGUAUGUGUUUUUUUCCCUGAUGGCAUGAACACAAAACAAAAAUGUUUUGCUCUAAAUUGAUUUUUUGUAAAACUAGUUUUUCAAUACAGCAGUAGGAUACUGUGCAAAACUAUUUAUUUGAAUAAAGAAAAAAACUCAUGUCCAGGGUGUGUUUCUUUAUUUACUUGACAUGCAUUCUUGUACUGUCAUCUUUCUCAAAUACAGAUUAAAUCCCACAUGAUAAGCAGGUUUUACUUGAUGUCUUCAUCAGCAUUUGUAAACAAUAAUAAAUCCCUCCUCCUCUUGUUAUUAUCCUUCAGGUGGUCACUCCCUGCUCAGCUGUCAUUUACAUUCCUGCUUCUGUGCUGACAGCUGGUGUUUUGUGAAGCUUCUGUCUACCUAUCAGGAAUAAAAAUUCAGCUUUCAGGUCUGACAGCCUGAACCUGCAUUCAUCCAUCGAGGAGCACCUGUUAAACUUGACGUGUUGACAGAUUCAACUGAAAGCAUUGUUGGAGACUAUCCUGCACUACAUUUUCUUCAUCGAUCUUUCAAGUAGAACUAGAUCACACCAUGUCCAAUCCAACCGUCCAAAGCAACCAUGAGACGUCCUACAUGUCUCUAACGAAAGGCCUGAGAGAGCUGGACCUCCGUGGCCCCUAUGUCCCCAGCGACCUGUUGCUGAUCGGAGACCAUGCCUUUCCUUUAGCCAUGAACAGCAAAGGUCAGGUUCUGAUGGCCGCAUCUCUGUAUGGUCGUGGGAGGAUUGUUGUCCUGGGUCAUGAGGGCUACCUGACUGCUUUUCCUGCUCUGGUGGAGAACGCCCUGAUCUGGCUGCGGGGCGACGGAUCAGACAACCCUUCUGUAGCCGUGCAUCAAAACGUGAAGGUUGUCAGCGAUAACCUGAGCAGCUCCACCUUCCAAGUAGAAGUGGUGGGGGCCUUUAAUAGUAAUCUGAAGUCUGGCGUGUACGUGACAGAUGCAUACAGUGUUGGUGCUGACCCAAAAGACUUGGUGGCCUUUCUAAAGGCUGGAGGAGGGGUGCUAUUAGGAGGCCAGGCUUGGAGCUGGGCUGCGGAUCACCCAAAGGAGAAUACAUUGCAUUACUUUGAUGGAAACAAGGUGUCUGGGGUUGCGGGGAUCUACUUCUCUAAGAAUCAGGGUGAGGCGGAGCACCUUCCAGUCUACCCACAGAUCCCAUCCUCCUGGAUGGCUGUAGUAAUAGGGAAGGAUUUUGAGGAUGACUUGCAGUUCUUACUCCAUGGCGUUUCAGAGCUUGCCAUCCCAAAGGGUUCUCUAGCUUCAGAGGUUCUGGUCCAUGGCCCAUUAUCAUUCCCGAUUGCUACAGCGGGAGGUGGACCGGCAUUCCUGGCCGGAGCUUACUAUGGUCAAGGUCGGGUCAUCGUUGCUGGACAUGAAGGAGUUCUGAGUGCUGAGGAAAAUGCUUCAUUUUGGAAGAAUGCCCUUCACUGGCUGGAUGAAGGCCGCAGGGGCAUUGUUGGCGUAGGACUGAAAAAUGGCAUUAAGAUAGCUACUGACUCAGGUCUAGAAAUGGAGAAAACAGGCUUCAAGAAAGACCUGAGUGUGUUUGUGUCUCCAUCGAACCCCAAAGAGCACUGGGAAGAGAUUCAGAACUUUGUAGCAGAGGGAGGAGGUCUUCUGAUUGGUGGACAUGCCUGGUACUGGGCACAGUCGCAUGGUGGGAAAAACCCAAUGACAGAUUUUGGAGGGAACAAAAUCCUGAACCGAAUGGGGUUGAGCCUGUUGAAAACAACUAUUAAAGCAGGUUCAUACAAGGUUCCUGAUCCCAUCCAGGUCGUUAAAAAUACCUACCAUUUCCGGCACCUUUUGCACCAGUUUGCUAAGCAUGUGACUGUUGACGAAAAACUCAGCAAACACGAGGAGGAAUUUCUCAAAAAGCUGGGCAGCGAUUGUUCCACCUACUUGAACAUGAAGGCUCAUGACUCCUGCCACUACUCUCAGGUGGUGGCAACCCUCACAGACAUCUUAAAAAAGUCCGGCCUGCCACAGGUAAGUGAGAAAUGCCCUGUCAAAAGUCCAAAAGACCACCUACUUCUCAACAUUGGGGCAGAGGUGUAUAAGGUUUGCCCGGAUCCAGAUGUCCUACUGCCGUACCUCAUCAAGGAUAAUCCACUGUUGGCAGUUGUCCACAAUCAAAGGGUCAAGAUGGACGUCAAGACUGCAGGAAGAGAGGAAUGGAUCAGCACAGGUCUCUACCUCUCUCCUGGCAUGAAGACAUAUGUUGUCAUACCAGCAGAGAUCAUCAACAAAGGAUGGCAGAUUCAGAUAGGCUGUCAAACAGAUCAUCUGAAUGCUGCAGAGUUAAAGAGAGCUCCAUGUGUCCACGUUCGCCUUCCUGUCACCUCUGAGAUGAUACAGGUGUGGAACCUGUGGGGAGGACUCAUUUACCUUGUGGCCCCACCCAAAACACAGACACAAGGGUUGGAGGUUGUUGUGCAGAUGGCUGUUCCUGCACCCUAUUAUAAAUCAGGUGUAACAACUGAAGCUGAUUGGUCGUUGUUGCGCAUGGCUCCUUCACCUUGGGCAGAGUUGGAGUUUGACAACAUCAUCCUCACCGUACCGUCGGAGGCAGUUCGAAAGCUGGAGCACCCCAAUGAGUUGGCGGCCCUUUGGAAUGACAUCAUGAAGGCCAUCGCUGACCUGGCUGCCAAACCCCACAAAUUUCCACGUAAAGAGCGUUUUGUAGCAGAUGUUCAAAUUUCUCAUGGUUGGAUGCAUGCAGGUUAUCCUAUUAUGACACAUAAGGCUUCUGCAGCAGCGUUGGUGAGCGUUACACAUGCUACGACAAAAGGCAUGUGGGGUGCCAUCCACGAACUGGGACACAACCAACAGCGAGGCUGCUGGGAGUUCCCUUCACACACCACAGAGUGCACAUGCAACCUGUGGUCAGUGUAUGUGCAUGAAGUGGUUUUUGGCAUCAAAAGGGAAAAGGCUCAUUCAGCAAUGACUUUGGCAAGUCGAAACAAACGAGUCAAAGACUAUAUUAAAGGAGGCAGGAAGCUCAGCAGCUGGAGCGUGUGGGUGGCCCUGGAGACAUACAUGCAGCUCCAGGAGAAGUUUGGCUGGGAUGCCAUUAAGAAGGUGUUUGCUGCCUACCAUGAGAUGAACAGCUUCCCCAAUGACAACAAAGGAAAGAUGAAUCUUUAUGCCGAGACGUUCUCCCAGACUGUGGGAAUGAACCUGACUGGAUUCUUCAAAGCCUGGGGGUGGCCUAUUGAACAGGCCACUGAGGAGAAACUAUCCAGCCUGCCUGCCUGGACCGAUCACCCGAUGGUCUAGCAUGACUGCCUGGCAGACAGCUGAUCUUUAUGAUCACAGACAUGAUUAUGAUUAACAAUUUCUUUAGAUGAGCUAUAAUUUGGAGAAACAAUUAAUUAUUUAUUAAUGCAAUAUUUUUAUCAUAUUCCAGGGAAGAGAAGGACAAUAUAAAAUAUUGAGUAAUGUAAAAUUUAAUCUUUAUUUCUUAGAAGCCAAAAUCAAACCUUGACUUAUGAUCUCAGGAGAUAUUUAGGUUUAUAGUAACAAAGAUUUCAUACAAGGAAAGGGGGCAUUUUAACUUACAUACUUUGAGGAAUACACACACAGGAAGACCAAUCUUCCCAUGGGACAAAUGAAUAAAUUCAGUAUUCAUGUUCCUCAUAAAGGAUACUAGCACCUACUUUUACUUAUGUCCAUCAAUAUAUUAUGUUUUUUUACAUAUUACAGUCUGAUGUGUUACUCAUUGCUGGAAGAACUUUUUUUUGGUGUCUUUACUUUCCAACAAUACAACACUGUAUUGUAUUGAAAACUAAUAACAUCACCAACUACAGGCUCCUCAAUUCCUUUAACAGGCUUAAUAGAUUCCACAUGGCAAAAAUCAAUAAAAAGAUCAUAAACAAUA